GGCCUCCGUCCCCCCGCCGCCGGCCAUGGAUCCGGGAGGAGGAGGAGGAGGAGGCGGCAGCGGCAGCAGCAGCGACUCGGCCCCCGACUGCUGGGACCAGGCGGACAUGGAGGCGGCCGGUCCCGGGGCCGAGGCCCAGCUCCUCGGCGCCGCCUUCGCCCGCCAGCUCAACGUCAACGCCAAGCCCUUCGUGCCCAACGUCCACGCCGCCGAGUUCGUCCCGGCCUUCCUCCGGGGCCCGGCCCGCCCCGCGCCGGGACCCGCCGGGCCUGACGCACCUGUCGAACCUUCUCAGGAGGAGCAGUCAUUGUUGAGCGAAGGUUCAAAUUCUGCUGUUGGAAUGGAAGUUUCAGAACCUGUAGUAGAGAAUGGAGAGACAGAAAUGUCUCCCGAAGAAUCAUGGGAGCACAAAGAAGAACCAAGUGAAGCUGAGCCCGGAGGUGGCCCUAUGGGGGAUGGAGGAGCCCCAGAGGAAAAUGCCCAAGAAAUGAUGGAGGAGGAGGAAGAAAUACCAAAACCUAAAUCUGUGGUGGCACCACCAGGUGCUCCCAAAAAAGAACAUGUAAAUGUAGUGUUCAUAGGGCAUGUAGAUGCUGGCAAGUCUACCAUUGGAGGACAGAUCAUGUACUUGACAGGCAUGGUUGACAAAAGAACGCUUGAGAAAUAUGAAAGGGAAGCUAAAGAAAAAAAUAGAGAAACCUGGUACUUGUCUUGGGCCUUAGACACAAACCAGGAGGAACGAGACAAAGGUAAAACAGUAGAAGUGGGGCGAGCAUACUUCGAAACAGAAAAGAAGCACUUCACAAUUCUAGAUGCUCCCGGGCAUAAGAGCUUUGUUCCCAAUAUGAUUGGUGGUGCUUCUCAAGCUGAUCUGGCUGUACUGGUAAUCUCGGCCAGAAAAGGCGAGUUUGAAACUGGAUUUGAAAAAGGUGGUCAGACAAGAGAACAUGCCAUGUUGGCAAAAACAGCAGGUGUAAAACACUUGAUAGUCCUUAUUAAUAAGAUGGAUGAUCCGACGGUAAACUGGAGUAAUGAAAGAUAUGAAGAAUGUAAAGAGAAGCUGGUGCCAUUUUUGAAAAAAGUUGGCUUCAAUCCCAAAAAGGAUAUUCACUUUAUGCCCUGCUCAGGCCUGACGGGAGCGAAUCUUAAAGAACAAGCAGAUUUCUGCCCUUGGUAUAUUGGGUUACCGUUUAUUCCGUACCUGGAUAAUUUGCCAAACUUCAACAGAUCAGUUGAUGGACCAAUCAGGCUGCCAAUAGUGGAUAAAUACAAGGAUAUGGGCACUGUGGUCUUGGGUAAGCUGGAAUCAGGUUCCAUUUGUAAAGGACAGCAGCUUGUGAUGAUGCCAAACAAGCACAACGUGGAGGUUCUUGGAAUCCUUUCUGAUGAUGUUGAAACUGAGUCUGUAGCCCCGGGUGAAAACCUCAAGAUUAGACUGAAAGGAAUUGAAGAGGAGGAGAUCCUUCCAGGAUUCAUACUCUGUGAUCCUAAUAAUCUUUGCCAUUCUGGACGUACAUUUGAUGCCCAGAUAGUGAUUAUUGAGCACAAAUCCAUCAUCUGCCCAGGUUAUAAUGCCGUGCUGCACAUUCAUACCUGUAUCGAGGAAGUCGAGAUAACAGCCUUAAUCUGCUUGGUAGACAAAAAAUCAGGAGAGAAAAGUAAGACACGACCCCGUUUUGUGAAACAAGAUCAAGUAUGCAUUGCCCGUUUAAGGACAGCAGGAACCAUCUGCCUUGAGACAUUCAAAGAUUUCCCUCAAAUGGGUCGUUUUACCUUGCGAGACGAGGGUAAGACCAUUGCAAUUGGAAAAGUUCUGAAACUGGUUCCAGAGAAGGACUAAGCAUUUUUCUUGAUGACCCUGCACAAUACUGUGAGGAAAAUUGACUCUGCAAAAGCCUACUUCACACCGCCUUCUCUUAUUUUCUGCCCAUUGAUAAACUUUUCCCAUAUUUUGCAAAGACAAAUUUCACAGCAAAAGUCCACAUUAUGUCAGCUUUCUCAUAUUGAGAGCUCUGCUAUGCCACUGUUGAAUUUCCCCCAGAGUUUUGGUUUUUAUUUGUUGUUGUUUUGGGGUUUUAUUUUUUGGUUUUUUUUUUUUGGUUUUUUUUGGUUUGGGUUUUUUUUUCCCCCUCCCAAAUUCUGCUUCCUUGGACAGAUUCGGCAAUAGCUUUGUAAGUGAUGUGGACAUAAUUGCCUACAAAAAUGAACACCUAAAGGAAUUUUUUUUUUCAUUUUUAAUUUUUCCCCUUAGACACAUUUAGACAUCCUUUUUUUCCAGGCAGAUCAUUCAGAAUGUGCGAGUGUGUGUGCACAUGUUACAAAGACGACGACCAUGUUAAUAAAAUAUUCAAUUUGAAACCCUUUUCGGUAUUUGAAUUGCUUUUGAAUAAUGUUUUUUAUCUGGAUGUAACACUGUUGCAUUAGCUUUUUAACUUCCGAGUAAUCAAAUACGUUUUAUUACUUGGCCUUUUCUAAAGUACCCCCUCCCAUCUACCCACCCACCGUUUUAAAUGAGGCAUUUACAAACAAACAACAUUCGAGUUUGUAUUCAAGAAAACAACUUAGUCUUGUCCCUUCCUUUUGGUGGUUAAUACAUUAGUAAAAUUAAAUACCUUUAUGCAAAUGACACUGCUUUUUUUUUUUUUUUAGUUUGCAUCCGUUCAUAUACUGCCAAAUUAUAAUGAGAUUUUAACAUAAAUAUAGUAAAUUAUUAAAAUGAUAAAAAAAAUUUUGUGCUGUGUUUUUAGAGGUACAGCAUGAUGAAAGUCUUUCUGGGAAAAAUUACUAAUCAGGAAAAUGAAUGGAAUUCAUAAAGAAGGAAACGUAGGGCAGUCCUGCCUUCAUUCGUUUUUAUUAAGAGCUGCAUUCAAUGUGUAAACGGGGGUCAGUUAAAAGUGCCAGUUCUACAAGUUACUCAAUCCAUUACUUCUUAUCGGUAACUUCGAAGGCUGGGUAAUGCUUGAUGUUUAAAGGUAGUUUCGAAUUGAGCAAAUAAAUGAUGUAUUUAAAGUCAAAAGAGUUUGCACAGGUUGAAAGUCAGAGUGAGGUAAGAGAAUCAAGCACAGUCUGUAAAUUGCUCCUCAUAAGUUUGAACUCAAACUACAAGUUAUUUUGAGACUAUAAAACAAAUAUACUGACAACAAUUUGAGUCAACUACGUAUUGCAGCACUAGUUAUUUGUAGAUUGAAGGAUGACUGUCUACCAUCACUACCGUGAUUCUUUUUUUAUUUUUCCUUUUUUUUUUUUUUGAUGAAUAAAAAUGGGAAUUGGGAGAUUAAUUCAUAGUAUGACUGGAAGUCCUCUGGAUCAGUGUCACUAUUCAGUGAAGAGUCAACUAUUUUAGGGUGUCAAUUUCCUCUAAAAAACAAGAUACUUUGUAACUGUACAUUUAAACAAUGGUGAGUCUCCUCCCUGAAACCUUCCCUCAGAAAAAAAGCCUGCAGUCCAGGUAGUAUUUCCAGUUGCAAAAUUCAAAUUUCAACCAAUUUUACCCUUUUUGUUUCUUUGUAACUGUGGAACUCCCAUUCAUUUCACAUAUAAAGGCUACAUUGUAUGGACAGAGCCAAGUUAUUGUCCUUCAGUUUCAUAUGAUUACCCUUGUAGCUACCGUAAUGCAUGAAAUUUAAAUAAAUUUUAUUAUGUCUGCAAAUCUCUGGGCUUUUAUUUUUCUGGGAAAUCUGACAGCUUUAAUCAAAGCUUAGGAACUUUUUGUAUCGUCAGGUUAAAGCAGAACACUUAGGAGUCUCAUGGAACUAAAAGCAAUCUAAAUGUUAAAGAAUCACUAAAAUUCUUCCAAAGACCAUUUUCCACUUUGGAUAUUUUUUUUUAUAUCCAAAAAGAAAAGUUUCUCUUGAUGAAUCUACACUUCAGAAAAUGUGCUUAUUGCCAAGACUGAGGUUAUAACUGAUUCCUAAUGUAAUUGAACAUAUCGAAAAUGAUUGCCAUUAAAUCGUGAAAUUUUAAAAAUACCUUUUCACAUUUGGAGUAAAUGUGGAGGGAGUCUUUAGACUGAACUGAGUCGAUUAUGAAUAGAAGAAAUAUGAAAAUGGACUGAUGGCUGACAGAUCGGGGUGGAUAAAUUGCUUAUUUACUCAAAUCUGAAACAUUUCAACAGAAAGGCAGUGUAUUGUAACACGCCCUGCUCCCACCCUCCCCUGACAGUGAGUCAAGUUAAUGCCUCUUUUGAUUUGGGUGGGGAAAUGAGAAAUUGAGCUACGUUAGCGGUGUGCGGAAUCAUGGAGAUGGUAGACUUGUAACUCCAGAUCAAUCCAAGCUGCAUGUAUUUUUCUUGUCAUUCCAGAGUCUUCUACGACCUUUAAGUAUCGUAAUAGCCAGUGACAAGGCCAAAGCCAAGGCGGUCAGCUACCGGUUUCGGUGUGAAGCCGAAACAGUUUGGUUUGUUUCUCUUUAGCGUGGAAGGGUGUUGAAUGAUAGUCUUCCUUGAGAGUUCCUCAGCCAUUGCGUCUCUUUAGAGCAACCGGUGAACGUUCUAGAUUAUUUCAAGUGUGGCCUAAAAAAUUAUUGUGCUGAAUGAAGUGUGAGUGAAGGAGGAAAAGCGAGGGCCAGCUGCUUUGUUUUGGAUUCAAGUGCUAUUGCCGAUAUGGGGUUCAUCCGUGUAAUAAUCUUCUAAACGCCAUUUUUAAAUCCUUAUUUCUGUGGGGAGGGGGAAGAAAACAAUAUACUCAUUGCUUUGAUUUUAAAGGAGGAUUUGUCGAGCCAUAGUAACGGAAAAUUGAUAUGUGGAGAAUUGAGAGUCGGACUGAUGGUUUAGCCACAAAAUAACGCUUAUCGACUGACAGCCGUUAGUAGUGAUCUGGGACGGUUUCGGCCCACGUUUGUUUAUUUUCGAAUUGGAAGCCUUGAUCGUGUAUGUAAUAACUGAAUGCAAGAUUCCCUUUAAUGUUCUAUAGAAGAGUCCUGGUUCCGCGUGACGUGAGCUGAUACGUUCUUGUCUCCCAGUUACCCAAGUCAGGACGCUCGGAGGACCGCACACAACAUGGGACGUUGAGGGUGCGUUUGAACGGCCGUGGCAGAUAACCCCUCAGCUGGAGCCUUCCACCUAUUUUGAGCGGUCGAACUCUGAUCCAGACAGGGUUUCCUCCCCCGGAGAAUGGUGACGCAUCCCGAAGAAGGAUUCACUCCUGCGAUGAACUGUGAGGGUUUAACCUCCCAACAACGGUCUGUAGCUCCCGUGGUGGUCUUCAACAGCACUAGCAGAGAGCCCGCCGCGAUGGAUUUUUGCCAGCUGCUUGACGGGAGUGCAGGCCGGCGGUCUUCCUGGGAGGCCCGGGCCAAGCGGCGAAGACAGCGUCUUGGACGGGAACUCCGUGACUUUGACUGGGAUGCUAGGUGGCCGUGGUUCGCGUUGCUGGCUGCACAAGGCGGUGUGUUCGCCAUCUGGCUCCUUUCGAAACCUGCGUCGGCAAGUCCCGGUGACAACCGUUAUGACUGAAUGUCCUAGUCUUCGAUAGAGGCACCACGAGUGCAAACUACGCGGUCGAUCCUCUCACAGACGUGUAUUAACAUAGAUAGCAACCAAUCGAGGGUAAAAUUUUCUUCCAUCCAAAACGCCUUGGCCCUCCUCUCUGCACCCCCCACCCCCAGCUGAUCCUUUUAAGCCCUGCUGUACCCCCCGGGGAGAUAGUAGCUCCUUACCUCCUGAUCAGUCGUGUUUUUUGAGGGCUCACCGUGGGCAGAGCACUGUACUUAGUGCUUGGGAGAGUACGGUAUAAUAGAGUUGGUAGGCAGCUCCUUUAAAAAUCCUACCAGAGCCUGACUGAACCAGAACUUAAGCGACUUGAUUAAAAACGGGUGAUUUGACCGAGCGGUGGGUCUCUAGGAUAUCUCUUGAGGCACAGACUGGGAGAGAGGAUUCAUUUCUGCUUUGCUCUUUAUUGGUCAACAGUGUAGAACCUGCUGCCCAUCGUCUACUUAACCACUAAAGCCCAGUGAAAAUCGGCUAUUGAGUGCUCAGUUUCAUUUGGAUAAAGCUCUGGUCCAAGUAAAGGGGGUUGUCUAAAACCCACCAAGUCUUCCAACUAGAUUAUUUUUUUCCACAUACUUCUUAGCCUGUAUUUGUGUGGGCCAUCACUGUGCUGGGUAGGUUAAGAGAUUUGUUAAGCCUUUUCGCUUUGCCUUUCCCUACAACUUUUCUUUUUUCCCCCCUGAAAGCUCAUCUAGGGUGGCUUGAAGACGGGAACUAUUUAUUCCUCCUACUCCUUCCUUAUCCCGAAUUUUCUCUACCAAGUUCUACCUUUCCUAGAAUCUUUCCCACCAUUGUUCACCGCUUAUUCACCGGAGGGGGAGCGGGAACAAUGGUCCUGCAUCCGAUCCACCUCUGUGAAUUUCUGCUCUUCUCACAUCGUCCCGACUGUCACCAGAACAGCUCUUAGGACCCUUAAGGAUAAUUGAAGCACUUCGUAUGGUGCUUUGCAUGCAGUGAGCGCUCAAUAAUUACGAUUGAAUGAACGGGUGGUUCUAUUUUUUCCUUCUGAGGCUUGGGUGUCCGUUUAAGCGGCCUCCUUCACUUGAGAGAAGAGUUGAAGGCCGUGUGCCUAGAGGCUUCUAUCUAAAUAUCCACGGAUAAUGAUGAUGCCACAUAACUACCUCCCUCAUUCUGUCAAUAAUUCAGUCGUUAGACUAGAUCUUUCCCCGUGGGAGCCAGGGGAAAGAUCCAGCUACCAAAGUGUCAUUGUGGAAAUCUUGGAGGGUUUUCAAUGACUUGUUUCACUGACCUCUACCUAGUUUUCAGAUGCUUUUUUCAAAUGGAUCAUGCCUUUAGGAGAGAAGACGGAAAGGUCCUGGUAGAAUUCCUUCCCCUCAUUGCGGAGCAGAGAGGAUAAAGGCUUGGAGCAGGAAUCAUGAGGAGCUGGGGGAUCAGAAAUCUUUACUUUAUGAUUUGUUGCUACCUAUUGUGCCUAACUUGGUGCUUAUGUGAGGAUUAAGCCCAUAGUCUGUCCUUGUGGCUAUUCAUACGACAAAUACAAAAUUGCCUUUGUAAUAACAAUAAAAAUUGUCAUCUUCCCUUUUGAA